GGAAAGUCUGCGAGUUAAAAAGGGUCUUAAUGGCAAAAUGCGCAAAGUGAAACAUAAAUCCGAGAAAUACGCAUUCAAAAGAACUUAAUAAAAGGAGAUCAGUAGAUUGAUUAGUGAAACAGCACCAGUCCACAGUGUCAUGUCUUUGGAGGAAACGUUCACGUCCGUCGCCGAGGAUAAAAACGAGUCGUGGGAUCGCCGGAACGCGCCGGACGCGCGCGAGGCGUCGUUGUGGCACGCGGGAGUCGCGAUCGCCGCCGCUUACGCGCUGAUCAUCGUGGCGGGUCUGGUGGGCAACGUGACCCUCAUCCGCACCUUCUGCGCCGUCAAGUCCAUGCGCAACGUCCCCAACCUGUUCCUGUGCAGCCUCGCGCUCGGCGACGUGCUCCUGCUGGUCACGUGCGCGCCCGUGGACGCCACACGUUACCUGGCUGAAGAAUGGCUCUUUGGAAGAACCGGAUGCAAACUGAUCCCCUUCAUCCAGCUCACGUCUGUCGGCGUGUCAGUGUUCACCCUCACCGCCCUGGCAGCCGACAGAUAUAAAGCCAUUGUGAAGCCCAUGGACAUUCCAACGUCCCACGCUACAGCUAAGGUCUGCUUGAAAGCUUCUGCCAUUUGGCUCUUGUCCAUGGUUCUGGCCAUCCCAGAAGCCGUUUUCUCCGACCUGCAUAGCUUUCACAUCACGCAGACCAAUGAAACAUUUCAAACGUGUGCCCCGUAUCCCAACACAGGACACCUGCACCCUAAAAUCCACUCCAUGGCCUCGUUUCUUAUAUUCUACGUCAUCCCGCUUCUCAUCAUUUCCGGCUAUUACUUCUUCAUCGCCAGGAGCCUGAUUAGGAGCACAAUCAACUUGCCAGUCGAGGGGAAGAUCCCCAUUAGGAGACAGAUGGAGUCGAGGAAGCGUCUGGCUAAGAUGGUGUUGGUGUUCGUGGGCCUCUUUGCCGUCUGCUGGCUCCCCAGCCAUGUCGUCUACCUGUACCGCUCGUACCACUACACCGAAGUGGACACGUCCGUGCUGCACUUUGUGACCAGCGUGGCAGCCCGCAUCUUGGCGUUCACCAACUCGUGCGUCAACCCGUUCGCGCUCUACCUGCUGAGCAAGAGUUUCCAGAAGCAGUUCAACAAGCACAUCUGCUGCUGCUGCUGCCCUCCGCUGCCGCUGCACGCGCACAGCACCAUGCGCGGCAACACGGGCAUGAGCUCACUCAAGAGCACGCAGAAUCACACAGUCGCCAGCUUCAGCCUCAUUAACGGCAACCAAGGCUGUCACGAGGGCUGAGUGUUUGGUCCCUUUUGUGUUUUGAUUCAUCGUGAUUGGUCAGUGUGCUUGUUGGUUGCUACUGUGCUGUAUUGUUGUCUGGAAUAGGUGUUAUGCAUUACAUUGUACACCAGUAGAAAAGACGGGAAGAAAGACGGUGCGCUGAAAGCUCUACAGCAAGUGGUUUUUGCGCACCACUGAGCUGUCCAGGAAAACGGUUGCUAUCUAUUUGUGAUCCUAUAGUAGGUGCUAUUUAUUAGUGAAAGACAUUUGCAUUAUUUUCAAUGCUAAAAGUGGUGUGCCACACUAUCAGAUCAAUGAUCUUUUAGAUUGUCCAUGUAACUUAAUGCUGUAAAUGACCCAAACUGUGUCCUUUCCAACAUGUUCCAACCAGGCAGUGAUCUUUAUUUCGAGACCCAUUCAAUUGCUAUAGACUUCACAUUUGUGUUAAAGUGACGAGCAGCGCUUCGGAGUCUAAUCCGAUAAAGGAUCCAACCUGCUCCUGUCAAUUUCAGCCGCAAUCGGUCACGGAAACGGUGGCCGAGCUGCAUCUGCUCUCGUGUCCUAGCAGCAGCGAUUCAUCCAUUCAUGUUUUAGAUGUUAGUUUAAAUGGGUUUUUAGUCAGGGGUCGAUUUGUUCAUGUCGCGUUUCUAAAAAACAGACGUGCGCCGUCGUCCUCGGCACUGCGACUUUGUAUCGGUGUGAGAAAUAAUGUGAAUAAAUGUCUCGAAAGGAAA